AGCUGGUUUCUAAGAAGCUAUGUGUUCGCGUCUCGUUCGCCCUCCCACAACCGCAUCGUAAGUUGCCGUGGCGUUAUAAGGCCAGCCGUCAUGCGCCGAAGCGGCGCGACACGGCCGUUUGGCGGCGACUUAGCUUCCUCGCGUGUCGAUUGGAGAGACACUACCACGCGUGCUUCUAGGCGUUAUUGCGAAGGGGCGCUCCGGCCAGGGUGAUCUGGCCAGGACGAUCUGGCCAGGACGAUCUGGCCAUGACAUUCCUCUAGCUCUCACUAGCCUACAAAUACGGCUUGGCUCAAGUCUACAUUCAUUACCACAACCUUCUAGCAACCCAAUACGACUUCGAAGCUUCCAGCCCAGCAAGCGACGACAGGCCAAGCAACAACUCUAGCUACCAGCCACCCGAUCCCGCUCAAAUCCCGUGCAUUAACAGCCGAGCAAUUGAUCGCUCUCUAAGUUAGCGAUUCGCGUGCACCAUCCGCAAAUCACGCGCUCCGUUCUCAACCCGCGUGCAUCUUUGGUGCGAAUUUGCGAAACCAUCCGCAAGGCUGCAACACAUCACGUAAGGACACAGCACAUCACGUCCGAGGCUCGAAGCAAUCACCGGGAAUGGCGGCGCGGCUCGGAGGCGGCUUGCUCCUAGCCCUAGUGGUAGCCACAUGCAUAGCGGCAGCGCGCGUGCCGGGCGGCAGCGCGCAGAAGGCGCCUGCUCCGCCGACGAAGGCGCAGCUGCGCGCGGAGCUGCAGGCGAUGACGAAGAGCAUCGUGAAGCGGUACCCGCAGUACUCCAGAUACGCGCAGGACGCCUCCAAAUACAUCAACCUCGCCCGUAAGAACCCUAAUCUCAUCCCAUUCUCAUCCCAUUCCCAUCCCUCCUCGUCUACGGGUGGUUCUAGAUACGCGCAGGACGCCUCCAAAUACAUCAACCUCGCCCGUAAGAACCCUAAUCUCAUCCCAUUCUCAUCCCAUUCCCAUCCCUCCUCGUCCACGGGUGGUUCUAGAUACGCGCAGGACGCCUCGAAAUCCAUCAACCGCGCCCUCAACUCGAGGUACGACCUAUCAGCGCUGCGAGACGCGUCCAUCCUGAUCCCCAACAACGCGCACGCAGAGGCCCUCGCCAAGAGGAUCCCCGCUAAGAGCAGCAGCAUCCCCACGGUGUACAACAUCACAGCGUUCCACAUCCUGCGCAAGCGCAUGACCGUCCCGCAGCUGCGCCAGGUGAAGCAGCGGGUGGCGGUGGGCACGCAGCUCCGGCAGCCGGUGUUCAAGAUGACGGCGGCGAAUAGCAGCGCGGUGUCGUUUGCCAAAGGGCCGUAUUUGAAGCAGGCACAGUGGACCACGAUCCGCAUCCCCGGGCUGUAUGUGGGCCGCUGGUUCAUUGCCCAUGGGGUCGACCGCAUGCUCAUCCCCACUCACACCAAGAUUUGAUGAUACUGUACAAGCUUGAAGAGUGGAAGAAAGAGGAAAGCAAGCAUGCGUGCCUUGCUUGCAGGUCAAUGCAGUGCGCCCUUCCAGUGCUGCAGCAGUGCAACAUUAGAUAGCUCAGAAGAACGCUCUCUCUGCUGACCGUGCUCGGUGCUGGAAUGCCGCACUGCAUUGCCUUCAUACAUGAAACACCUCGCUAAUAUAUUUUCGCUAGCACCUUGCUUCAUAGAUGCCUUCGUGUUGAGCUUGGAAUUGGAGAGGGCGGUGUACUGAAGCAAGUGAAGCUAAAGCUCCCAACUGGAUGGCCCAACUG